AUGGAAACCUGCUUCGAGAUGGAGGAAGGAAGAGCCACUCUAGAGUACAAGGGCUCUCAUAAACACUGCCUCACCUGCUCUGCUGUUCUGUUGCAGGGCUCAGAAUGGAACGCCUCCAACCUGGAGGAGCUCCAGAGCUCAGGUGUGGGGUACAUCUUAAACAUAACCAGGGAAAUCGAUAACUUUUUUCCCGGCUUGUUUGCAUAUCAUAACAUCCGGGUAUAUGAUGAGGAAGCCACAGACCUGCUGUCCCAUUGGAACGACACCUACAACUUCAUAGUGAAAGCCAAGAAAAACCACUCCAAGUGUCUGGUACACUGUAAGAUGGGUGUCAGCCGGUCUGCAUCAACAGUCAUAGCUUACGCGAUGAAGGAGUAUGGCUGGUCCCUGGAGAAAGCCUAUAACUAUGUCAAACAGAAGAGGAGCAUCACAAGACCCAACGCAGGCUUCAUGAGGCAGCUGGCAGAGUACGAGGGCAUCCUGGAUGCCAGCAAACAGCGGCACAACAAGCUGUGGCGCCCCGACUCGGGGUGCGAUCUCCCUGAUGGCCAGCAAGCCUCUGCUCAGUGCUGUGGCACCGACGGCCCAGGGGACCUGACCCCUGACUUCAGUGUGAGGCCGCCAGAGAAUGUGAUAGGUGGGGACGAGGCGGGACCCUCCCCGAGCAGGACCAUAGGAGAGGAGGUGGACCCUGCUGAGCCCCCCAACUACAACUACUACUUCAGACGGCUCUCUGACUCUGCGCUGGACAGCGAACCCUCAACCCCCGUCAGGGCACCCCCCCUGCUUCACAUGGAGGGCGUUUACAUCAAGAUCGAGGACGUAGAGAGAGAUGCCCUGCUGGACGACGAGGGCUUUGAAACCAGAGAGUUCCCACUGCCCCACUUCGCUGUGCCCGGGGAGGGGACGGCAGCACAGACUCUGGAGACCGACCUCCGGAAGAGACUGGAGUUCAGCACAGUGGAGGAGGAGGACGAGGAGGGGGAGGAGGAGGAAGCUGAGAUUGUUUCGUUGACGGGGGGAGGGGGAGAGGCUGCGGAGGGAGAGAAGGAAGAUGCUGAGCUGGCUCCGAGCUGCUCCCCCCUCGUCGGCUGCAACAGGCUCAACAACGAGAAUGCCAACAACAACAACCACCUCAACAGCAGCAGCGGAAAAAGAAGCUGCCCGCCUGGGUUUGACGACAGUGCUAACACCAGAAACAUCUACAAAGUCAAACCUCCAUACAAGUCCUGUACAGACUGCAUGCGUCCCCCCAACAGCUUGCACUGUCAAUCCAUGGUCUCCAAGCAUUCCCAAAGCCUUAACCCUGCGCAUCUGUGUAGCAUCCCCGCUGUCUGUGUGCAUUCCUCGGGCUCUGCGAUCCCCGACCAAGCCGCAAAGCUCACUGUCAUUAACACAUCACCCUUGCCCGGGCUGAUCAAAUCCUCCGACAGUCACUGCUUGCCUAGUAACUGUGCCAACUGUGGUGUCUCAGGAACUCUGAUAGAGGCCCACUGUCACCACCAGGUGAAGCCCAUGAGCUGUAACCUUUCCGGGGACCCACAGACACAUGUAGAGGUUGAAGCCAUGAAUGAAUUCUUGGAAGCAGGGAAGAAAACUGACGGGAAGGCUGCCAAAGACUUGAGGCUGCUGAAGCUCAGUCUGGAAGCUGAGAAGCCCAUGGUACCAAGCUACUUGAUGCAGCACCAGGAGUCGAUCAUGCAGCUGCAGAAAGCAGGGCUAGUCCGGAAGCACACCAAGGAGUUAGAGAAGCUAUCAGGCCAAUCCCUGGAGAGUGGCAAAGCCCCUGGCCAGCUCAGAGACUGUGACCAAAUGGACACCUCCUCUGGCGUAAUGGAGCUUUCUGUGGAGGGCCUUCUGGAGGAUAUGGAGAUAGAUUCCAGCAGCAGCAGCAGUGUCCUGACAAAGGUCUACCAGAAGACCUCUACCCCCUCCUCUGGCCGCAUGGAGCCGGUCGAGCCCCUAACCAGGGACCACUUGAAGACGGUGAGCGUGCUGACGCCCACGUUGUCCCCCCACGUCUCCACCCUGACCCGCAGCUCCAGCAGCGACAGCCUCCACAGCGUGCGAGGGAAGCCUGGUCUGGUCAAGCAGCGUGCCCAGGAGAUAGAGACCAUGAUGCGUCUGGCCGGACUGACCGUCUCUUCCAAGCUGAAGAGGUCCAACUCACUGGCCAAACUGGGCUACCUCACCUUCUCCUCUGAGGACCUUUCUUCCGCCUGCUCCUCAGAAUCCAGCACCAUCCUGUUUUCCAAGCCCGACGAAGGCAAGGAGAGCGAGAGCUGGCCGGUGGCGUCUGGUACCCACCGCGUCAUAGGCAUGCCAGGCCAUGCCAGCUGGCCAAGGUUGCCAUUCGGAGACACUUACCUGUCCCCUGACAGCUGACGUCUUAUCCAUCUUGACGGUAGAGCCGGGUGACUCAUUUUGGCUGUUUCUUUCUUUCUUUGGAAGAUGAAGAAGACGACGGAGAAUAUGUGUUUUUUUUUUCUUCUUGGGUUUAAAUAAAAAAGUAAAUUUUAAAUUGUAAUAUAUAUAUAUAUUCCACAUCCGUAUUUAUAAUAUAUAUGUAUAUAUCCAAAUAUAAUUUAUAGGUGGUUGUUGGCAUCAUUUCACUUUGAACUACAAAUGUAUGCAGAUGAAACUAUAGGAACACAUGGCUGCCAACCCCUUAAGCUUGUUUCUUUUAAUCUGAAAUGCACCCGUUGACUGUAAUGCCCCACUGUGUAAAACUGAAUCGUUCAGUGGAAGCGUGGACUAACCCCCACAAGCAUGUGGUAUGAGUUUAGUCUUGCACAAUGACGUCCCUUCAUUUCAGAUUUACUGUAGCUGUGUUCCACCUGGUAUACUAGUGCUUAGCCCACUCGCCACAUAGAAGCGAGUAUGUAGUGUGGACUUUAGAUCUCCCGAUGUGCAGAUGACCUGCUGGUUUAGGCCUUGGUCGAGCUGAUUCCUUGUACUUGAGCAUUCUUCUGAAAUUAUUCAUCCCCAUGUGUGCUGUGUUUUAUGCUUUUGAGGUUGGCAGUGUGCAACCAGGGUAAUGGCUCCAGAAUUUCGCCAUCCCCCCUUGAUGCCAAGAGAAAAUGAACAAAACAAUCUAGAGAAAAUGAGCACAGCAAUCUAGUCCUGUCAUGAGCACAUAUCCCACAUUUCCUGUGACUGUUACACUCUGCAGCUAUAGUGAAGUAUCUUUUUUAUUUAUUUAUUUAAUUAUUCUUUUUUUUUCACUUUACAAAUUGUUCUUCAGAAAUUCCAGGACCAUUCUACCUCCAUUGUUUCACUGUAGGAAAGAGACUUAUCCUGGGCUCAUAACUAGAAAAGAGGGGCCGUCUGUCCAGUGGUCAUGCUCACAAGCGUUUAUUUGAACAAGGGCCAGAUGAACAAAAAAAAUCAUAACCUUUUAGGUAGGCGACAGUAUAUUCUCCACUGAAUCUUGCAAAAAUCAUUACUGUACUUUACCAGCUGUGCAGUGCGCAGGUAUUCUGUCUGUGUGCAUGUUUCUUUUGUUGCAGUUCUUUCAAUGUGUUGCUGUGCACUGGCUUGCAUUGCGUCUGCACAAACUAGCAAAUCCAAAUUGUAACACAAUGUAAUGUCUGCAUCUUGACUGAGAAUAUAUGACUAUCCAGGAGGGGUCUGAUUAAAAAUACUUAGGCUGCAUUUCCUUUGUCCAGACUGCAGAAUUGCUUUGCUCAGGCAGACUGUUCCUCUGUCUUCUGUGCUGCUUGUGCCUAUGUUGAGAACAGUUUUGAACAGGGGAACUGCAGCCUCAAUCCCCAAGGUUUCUCCACCAAGUCCUGGAGACUGGAAAGAGACUUGCUAAGAACCAGAGAAUCAAAUGUGCAUUUCAACAGAAUUGAGAGAAGUGAUCUGAUAAGCUGGAAUCAUCUUUCAUGACUUCACUGUGGUCAGUUUAAUACAGUCUCGGAAUGAAGUAGAGCAGUGCUAUAGUUCCAUGUAUGUAACUGUGCGUGCUACUAUUUUGGUAUUUAAUCCUGUCCUAAGUGUACACCGUGGUAGUAAAAGAUAAAUAAAAAAUCCUGUACAUUACAGCCUUUUGGAAAGAAGGAGAUGAUAGUGAGAAGCUUUCACUCCAUUUAAAUGCUGAAGAUCUGUGAGACUGCAAACCAGGCAGCUUCAGAAAGGCAGGCUCUUCUUUUUAUUAUAUCUUUAUGCAUAUUGUUAUAGGUUUUUUUUUCCAUUCAUUGAAUGGUCGUUUCUAAUAAGGUUAUAUAUCACUGCUUUUCCUCUUUAACAAAAUAAUUGCAGUAACAUCAGACUGACAGUUGACUGGCCCAGCAAACCUUUACAGAGCACAAACUGUGUCUCCCUUCUCUUCAAUAGAUGUGCCAUGUCCUCGUAUUUAUACGGUCCUUUGGGGUUCAGUUUGGCUUGGGGCGCAUGCUUCUCAAGUUUCAUUUUCUUUUAAAGCGGACGAGAUCUUGCUUUGAGGUCCCAUUUAGACAUCCUGCUCCAAACAUGGAUUUGGAAGGGUCUUGGAUAGCUGCUGCCCCCUCUUGGCCACUCUGUAAAUAUGUUUUGAUUUAUAGUGCAAGAAACCUGCUUAUCUGUAAUCCCUACUGUUCUCUGCAGCAUGUCCGCACCUUGUAAGAAAAAUGUUUUGCGAACCAGAGGUACGUUUUUUUUUUUUUGUUUUGUUUUUUUUUCAUGGAAGUGUAAGCUAUGGGGGAGUGGUCAGUCAUUUAUUAAUGUCUGCCAUUUGCCAACGAGCAUUCCUUAUCAGGAGUUAAUGAGCAGUUAAUCUGAGUUUUAUAGAAACCUAUAUGUGGGUAGAGCUUUAUUAUCGUCUUCAAACCCCCAAACCUUCUGAGUGCUUCCAUUUCAGUUUUCAGGGUACCUUAUUUGUCCACACCAUUCCAGUUUUCUUGGUCUCCCAUGUCUGUUUCUCUAAUUUAUUGUAUGUUUACAUAUCUGCACAUAAUAUGCAAGUGUGUCAUAGGAAUUUUGUAUGAAACCUUAUCCUGUUCUGCCAUUGACUUUGUUGUUCCACACACUAUGCAGUCAAUUCAAUGUAUUAAACUUGUGUGUGUGUGUGGAAAUGUGCGUGCAUGCAAGCGAAACACAAAUGUUACAUGUUUACUGUGAAAUAUUUAUAAUGUGUGUGGACAUUAAUGAAUGGUAACGAAAGAUGGGACAUAAAUACAUACAUAGAAACAGGCAUUCAAAUAUACAGUGGUGAUGGUGUUGUGGCUGUCAUCUUUAUUAGUUACAAAUAAUGUGUCAGUUUGCACUUUAAAAAUAAGACGGCGACUGACAUAGAGGAGAGGUGAGCAGCUCUCAUCCAAGUCUGAACCUGGCUGUCCUAUCUGGGUCGUUGCCUCAUUCACAACAGGGUUCCCUGGUCUCUGCGCUAAUAAAAGAUUCCUGUCUUGCCAAUGAGUUACAUCCCAGGUGUUCCGAACGGGUGGAUGCCAAUUGUCUUGGGGUGUUCUUGCAGUUGAAACAUGAGAGCAGCCCUCGCCAUGUUUUUUCAAUAGUAAUUGUUCUGUUUAAUGUUGUUGCAUGAUUGCCACUGCUGCUUUCCAUUUUCUCCUGUUUUUUUUCUGUAUAAUAUUUACACAAGUGCCUUACUUCAUGACUCCAUGGGUGUUGUGCUAUGUGCUUGUUACUGUGCUGUGGUAUUGGCUGUCAAGCUCCUUUCUUGCAAGAGAGUAUCGGUGAGGGAGAUCUGUGAACUGCGCCCUUCUCAUAACUCCACCUGUGGUUGCACAGUCACUAUGGCAACUGCUGCCAUCAUUUGUUGAUUUUUUGUCCUUGAGGCGUUUCAGGCCAGCAACCCCACUCUUUCAAGCAUUCCUGUAGAAGAGUCUCUGUUUAGAACGACGAGCUGUGUCGGCAAAGGCAAAUGAAGACCUCCCUAGUUCCUGAACUUCGCACAUGGAAUUGCAAAUUCUCAUAACUGCUUGCUGUUACCCACAAGACCUGAUUGUCAAGCUGUGUUUUCAGUUGAAAUGGUUUUAAAUAUCAACAGAUAUUACUUGAUAUGUGAUAGAGGGGAAUUUGCCUGUGAUCUGCCCAUGGAGGGAUAUAGGCCAAUCGUUGACUGAGUGGGGAAAGAGGACUUGCAAGAUUUCACAAAGUUUUGCUCUGAUGUUUGUUAGGA